AUGUUAAAAUCUCAUUUUGAUAUACACAAGGAUGACGAUGUAGAGGAGGAGUUCGAGCAUGAAGCUGUUUCUCAUGCCCACGAGGAGGAGGAAGAACAUGCUCUUCCUGAAGUGAUCAGUGGUCCAGUUAGGAAACUGAAUAGAUCUGAAGUCAGUGUUAGACUCGGGCUGCUUGGGAAAACUGCGGAAGCGGAUGGGUACACAUAUUUAAAAGCGACCUGCACGGACAUGAAUCUGACCGACAUAACAGCCAUUAAAUAUUUUAAGCACCUACAAUUUGUCGACGUAUCCAACAACAAGUUGGACUUAGAAGCAUUGCAAGCGGUGACGGAGCUUCCGCAUCUUUUGCUGAUACACGCCGACAAAAAUAUACUUCGAUCGGGCGCGCUGAAGAAAAUGAAGUACCUCCAAGUCAUUAUAAUGAAUUACAACGAAUUAACGACAGUUCACGAUGUCUUCCAACCAGAGCUCAGCACUUUAGAAGUUGGUUACAACAAAAUAAGAAAAAUAAAUUUCGAUAGCAGAAUGGAAACUAUAAGGUGCUUAGAUUUUCGCUACAAUUUAAUAGAAGACAUUAUCGGACUUAAUUUUCCAAAUUUGGACAGCUUGUACUUAGCCGGAAAUCAAAUAAACAGCUUGAUUGGACUUGAGAGUUGCGUGAAUUUAAGAAUUUUGCAUGUUCGUAAUAAUCCCAUAAAGUUGCUAAACGGGUUUGUCCCGGAUUUAGGGAGGCUUCAGUAUGUGAACUUGAGAAACUGCAAGGUCUCCACUUUGAGGCAGGUCAAGAAGCUGAAGGUCCUGCCAUCUUUAGAAACGUUGAUAUUGAAAGGGUGUCCAUAUAUGGGAGGAACUGGGGAAGAAACGCCCGAAGUAGCAGACGAGGAGGAAAAUUCUGAAUUGAGAGUAGAGAUCUUAGCGGCUUUACCUAAAUUAAAGAAAAUUAACAAGACUGUGGUCACACCUGAAGAGAGAGCCGAAGCGAAAGAAUUAAUAACGCAAUGGAUCGAAGAUGGUGCUGCAGACGAAGAAGCUGAAGAAGAACAACAACCCGAGGAGCACGACAACGAUGAUGAUUGA